AUGAGUUUUCCUUUUGAUUACUAUCCUCUGCUUGAAGAUGAUACAAGCCUCUUAUUUCGGUAUGAAGAUGAAUUAAUUGAGACAAACAAUUUCGAAGUCAAUGAGGAAAAAAAAGACACUGAUUACGAAGCUUCUGAUGAUGAAGAGUUACAAUUAAAAGUGGGUAUGAUAUUUGAAACAUGGGAGAUUGCUAAAUCAUACCUUAAGGAUUAUGCCAAACAUGAAGGGUUCUGCUUUCGUAAAAGACGUUGCGUUUCUGAUCCAGCCGAUAAUAGUAUAAUACGUCGUCGUACUUUUGAAUGCUCUUAUGCACAUGUGCACCAAAAUGAAAAGGUUAUAUUAGCGAAAAAUAAAAGGAAUAGAGAUUCAGGAAUGAUAGGUUGCUCUUGGCAUGUUAAUAUGUCAUUUUCCAAAACAACACUUGGAGUUAGAGUAAAUAGUAUUGAAGGUGAAUAUUGCCAUUCCAUGAAUUCUCUUAUUACUAUAAUUGCGCUGAAAUUUCGUCAUUUAACCAAUGAAAUGUUAGAAAAAAUUGAGUUCUGGACAAUUCAUGGGAGGUUAGACAUAUCAAUGCAAUAUGAUCUACUUACUGCGUCGUUUCCUGAUAAAAAAAUCAAUAAAAAAGAUUUGAGCAACGCGAUACAACAUUAUAAAAAAAAAGCAAAACUUCAAAAAAAUGAUGCUUGUCAAACCUUAACUAAUCUAUAUCUUAAGAAGGAGAAUGAUCCAUUGUGGGCAGUGAAACCAAAAUUUGAUCUUGAUGAAAGAAGUGAAUAUAGAAAUGAAAUACCAACAAGUGGAAUACCUAAUAUAAUGGAGGAAUAUUUUCCUGACUUAAAUAAGCUGUUGCGGGAUUAUCUUACUCCACAGAUAUUCCAAAAACAAUGUGACCAGAUGUCACAAUCACUUUGCUAUGAUGCUUUUUUAGUCGAUAAUUGGUCUUCGUUAUUAGAGGUGAGAAUACACUUACUUAUUAGCAUAUCUGUCAUUAAGUCAACUACAGACGAUUCUUGUGAGUCAGAAACAGCUAGUGUCGAUCAACAAAUUCAUCGCUUAACUCCAACAUAUCAAAUUGUCGAAAACAAAUUGGAUCAGCUUCCUUCUCAACCAUUACAAUUUAAAUGUCUUGCAAAUAUUAGAAAAACGGCUUUUGAUGAAUUUGUUAAUUAUUUAGAGCGAUUUAUCAAAACGAUGAAAGGUAAUUUAGAUAAGCAGCAAGAAAACGAUAGUAAUGUUAAAAAUUUAGUUGUCAAAGAUCCAAUACGUGUAUAG